AUGCAAGGGACAGGGAAGGAAGGGACGCAGACUGGAGGCAGGCCACAGGUAUGGAAAGCGCCAGAGAAGCAGCUGCUCAAGCCUUUUGGGGAAGGCUCUGUGUGGGACAAGGGUCGAGGCAGUGACGCGGUGCUUAGCGUCUUCACAGAUGGACAGUUAGCCCUCUUUCUAUCCAGUCCUGAACCUUCACGCUUCAUUACCACCAUCCCUGCCUCUGCCGAGGAGAAGGUUGCCUUUACCACAAGCAUCUACAACCAGUUCAGGCUGGAUAGGCUGGAUGCGUUUGGUCACCAAAAGGGAGUUGCUAAGGGUUGCCGGGAGAGUGUGGUCUGCUUACUGCACCAUUUGGAGCUCGGUGGUGUAGCUCAGUGCUAUCUGACAGUCAGCAUUGAGCCCCUUCCUCCUGUGGUGGCUGGGGACGCAGUGACCCUGAAGUGUAACUUCAAGACAGACGGCCGCAUGCGCGAGAUCGUGUGGUACCGGGUGACAGAUGGUGGCACCAUCUCACAGAAGAUCUUCACCUUUGACGCCAUGUUCUCCACCAACUACUCCCACAUGGAGAAUUACCGGAAGAGGGAGGAUCUUGUGUACCAGUCCACUGUGAGGUUACCUGAGGUCCGGAUCUCAGACAAUGGUCCCUAUGAGUGCCAUGUGGGUAUCUACGACAGAGCCACCAGGGAGAAAGUGGUCCUCGCCUCAGGCAACAUCUUCCUCAAUGUCAUGGCUCCUCCUACCUCCAUCGAAGUCGUGGCUGCGGACUCACCUGCCCCCUUCAGCCGGUACCAGGCCCAGAACUUCACACUGGUCUGCAUCGUGUCUGGAGGGAAGCCAGCACCCAUGGUUUAUUUCAAACGGGAUGGGGAGUUGAUCGAUGCAGUGCCCCUGUCAGAACUGCCAGCCGCAGCCAGCUCUGGCCCCUUCCAGGACAGCAGGCCCUUCCGCAGCCUUCUGCAUCGGGACGUGGACGACACUAAAAUGCAAAAGUCCCUGUCCCUCCUGGACACUGAAUACCGGGCUGGACGUCCCUACACGGAGCGCCCCUCACGAAGCCUCACCCAAGACCCCAGCCUCUUCGUGCAGCCCACCACGGAAAACAUCCCAGAGACAGUGGUGAGCCGCGAGUUCCCCCGUUGGGUACACAGCGCCGAGCCGGUCUACUUCCUACGCCACAGCCGCACCCCAGGCAGCGAUGGCACGGUGGAGGUGCGAGCCCUGCUCACCUGGACCCUCAACCCGCAGAUUGACAACGAGGCCCUCUUCAGCUGUGAGGUCAAGCACCCAGCUCUGUCCAUGCCCAUGCAGGCGGAAGUCACUCUGGUUGCUCCCAAAGGGCCCAAAAUCGUGAUGACACCCAGCAGAGCCCGGGUUGGGGACACAGUGAGGAUCCUAGUCCACGGAUUUCAGAAUGAGGUCUUCCCAGAACCCAUGUUCACGUGGACCAGAGUGGGCGGCCGCCUACUGGAUGGCAGCGCUGAGUUUGACGGGAAGGAGCUGGUGCUGGAGCGGGUUCCUGCUGAGCUCAACGGCUCCCUGCAUCGCUGCACUGCCCAGAACCCACUGGGUUCCACCGAUACACACACUCGGCUCAUCGUGUUUGAAAACCCAAAUAUCCCAAGAGGAACAGAGGACUCCCAUGGUUCGGCUUCUGUCCUCGCUGGUGUCUGGCUCACCUUGGUGCUCGCCCUGACAGUGGUCCUGGAGCUCACGUGA